AUGGACAUUAGUGUACUCCCUAACAAUAAUCAUCCAGAGAAAUUUCUCCAACUUGAUGUGGGGAUGCUACCAGCCACCCAUGGAAUGUUCCAGAUAGGAGCUGCACUUUCAGGCCAGAGGCAGUGGAACAACAGAGUGUACUCACAGGGAGAGGAGAGAGGAAAGAAGGACACAGAAAGACCAUCAUCACCAGAGGUAACAUAUGACUUGAGAGACAGAGAGCUGGAACAGCACAUCACACCACUCACUCUGAAACCAAAGAUCAAGCAAAACCCACUCUACAUAAACCUAAGGAAUUUUGACAUGGAGGAGAACCAAAGAGCUAAACCAUCCUGGACCAUUGAGGACUAUGACAGACAUUCUUUACAUGGCAACAUGGCCAGUUAUCUCCAGGAAGACCCUAGAAAAUUGAAUUUUUGGCUGGAAGAUCUCUACACCCCAGGCUUUGACUCCCUGCUGAAAAAGAAGGAAGCAGAACAUAAAAGAAAAAGAAUGUGCAGAAUACUGUCUUCAGUCCUUCUGUCAGUUUGCAUAAUUGUGAUUGUUAUCACUGUGCCAAUUGUUUUGACACAAAAAAAAGUCUAA